AUGAUAGAACAUCCCCCAAAUACCUACACCAUCGUCAUCAAACUAGGUACCUCUUCUCUCGUCGAUGAGGUCACCCGCGAGCCAAGAAUCGCCAACAUGUCCAAUAUCGUGGAGACGGUAGUGAAACUCCGCCGCGCAGGCCACCGCAUCGUCUUGGUUUCGUCGGGUGCAAUUGCCGUGGGAAUGAAGAGAGUGGGAUGGUCGGAAAAACCAACAAAGUUGGCUGCAGUGCAGGCAUUGGCCUCGAUCGGCCAAGGGCGCUUGAUUGGACUCUUCGAUGAUUUGUUCCGUCAAUUGAACCAGACAAUUGCUCAGAUUCUCAUCACCAGAAACGAUAUCAUCGACUAUACCCAGUACCAAAAUGCCACCAACACCCUCAACGAGCUCUUGGAGAUGGGCGUGAUUCCCAUUGUCAACGAGAACGAUACGUUGAGUGUGGCGGAAAUCAAGUUCGGCGAUAACGAUACGCUUUCGGCCAUCACGGCGGGCAUGAUCCAUGCCAACUAUCUCUUCUUGAUGACCGAUGUGGAGUGUCUCUACACUGAUAAUCCACGGACAAACCCUGAGGCCCGCCCAAUUCUUUUGGUCGACAGCAUCGACGACUUGGCCGUGAAAACCGACUCGGAGGAUGCGGGCGCGGGCUCCAAGGUCGGCACCGGCGGCAUGACCACCAAGUUAAUCGCCGCCGAGCUUGCCACCAACGCGGGCGUCACCACCAUCAUCACUUUGUCGGCACAGCCACAAUGUAUUCUUGACAUUGUUGCCAACAUCCAGCGUUCUGACACCACUUUGCCUGCGGCAGACCAAGCCCUUCAUAUCGAGCAGGAGAUCGCUGCAGGCAAAAUCCCUCUUCAUACUCGCUUCUUGGGCCUCCCAAGAGAUACGCAAAUCCGUUCCGAUAGACGGUUCUGGCUCUUGCAUGGCCUCAAAACAAAGGGUGUGAUCUACAUUGACCUGGGCUGUUUCGAGGCGCUCACCCGUAAAAACAGAGCUGGCCUACUACCAGCCGGCAUCAUUGCCGUGGAGGGCUUGUUCCACGAGAGUGAAUGUGUUUCUGUGCGCGUGUUGCCCACUAAAAACUCUGCAUUGCAUGAAGCCGCCGAGGUGGGCCACUGUCGUGUGAACUACAGUUCUGUUGAGAUCAACUUGAUCAAGGGCCACAAGAGUAGCGAAAUCGCCUCGAUUCUCGGCUUUGCAGACUCAGAGUAUGUUGCUCACAGAGACAACUUGGCGUUCCCUCCCAGCUUGCCCCCUCUGACUGACGACCUCACUGCCUUGAAGUACAUUCCAUGA